AUGAGGGCCCUCCCUAAGAAGAAAAAGCAUGUAUACCCGGAGGAGCUCUCUGCUGAGAGCGAUUCUUCACAGUCCAGUGAGGACAAUGUGCAGGAAUUACUGCGUCAGAACCGCAGCCUGCAGCGUUGCUUGGCUCGGGCUGAGGAGCACUUAGAUAAGUCUAAGUCACCUCGUCGGCGCUCUCGCAAGGGUAGGCGUAGGCAUAGGUCACCUGUUUUGAGUUCAUCGAACAGCUCCUCCAGCCCUGAUUCGUGCAGAACACAACGCAGGAAAAAGAGGUUUUGCAGAUCAAGGAAGCAUGGGCGUUACUGCAAGAGGGACACUUCGGAUUCUUCAGAGCUUUCAGGUACGUGUGAUUCCUCCUGUGGUGAGUCGAAAGAACGAUGCAAAGGGUACUGGGUUAUUACCCACAAGGCCCCUGGCCUGCCUAGUUGGAUUUGGGAACGUCGCACCCGGCGCCAUUGCUGCGCCUUUGGGGCCAAGGAGCCAAGUGGGGAGGAUGGGCUUGAUGCGAAAGGGAGGGUGCGGGCGUCAAACGUCAAGACCACGGAUCAGCCUCCCGGCAUCCGGCUUAAAAAGAAUAUUCGCAAUCGCAUUCUAAAUGGGGAAUUUGUGGAUAUGUUUUCACUGCUCUCCCCGGCUUUCGACAAUUGGCUAACUGCUUUCACCUCUUAUAUGGGAUUGGUGGCCGCUGCUUACCCCGAUAGGGCUUGA